AUGUCAUAUUCUUCGUCUUCUGAAGAAUUUCAAGUUAUUUUUUAUGCUACUAUUACUUGUGUUCAAAUGGCAGAACAAACGUAUGAUGCUUUAUGCAAUAACACAGCUGAAAGUUCUCAACAGAGAACACGAAGAUAUGUUUGCAUAAAUCGUGAAGAAGCCAAUCAACGCUUGAUACAAGACUACUCUCAAGAGAAUACCACUUAUCAAGGAUACUAUGUUCGUAGGCGCUUCAGAAUGUUCCAACAUUUAUACGAACACAUAGUUGAAGAUGUAACGAGGGAGUGCAGUUUUUUCCAACAGCGUUCCGAUGCUAGAGAUACACCCGAUUUCAUUGCAUUACAAAAAUGCACGGUCGCACUUCGUCAGUUAGCAUAUGACAUUACGCCUGGUGUGUUAGACGAGAGUUUUAGGAUGUCUGCUAGGAAUGCACGAUAUAGUCUCCACUAUUUUUGCAAAACUGUGAUUCAGUUUUAUGGUCUAAAAUAUUUAUGUAAGUCUACACGUAAUGACAUCUUACAAUUGCAAGCUCAUCAUGCUAGUGUGCACAGGUUUCCUGGAAUGCUAGGAAGUUUAGAUUGUCUCCACUGGGCAUGGGAAAAUUGUCCUACCUUACACCAUGGGCAAUUUACCCGAGGUGAUCAUGGUCACCCAACGGUCAUACUUGAAGCAGUUGCAUCACAUGAUUAG